CCUACACACCUAACCACUCCUACUACCUGCACUGGUUCUUCUUCCUCUUGCACUCUCCUUCCAACCAUCAGCAUCGGUCGCACAUCAAAGUUCAAAUCAAUUAGCAUCAGAGGAAGGAGCUAGCGUCAGUGAGUGAGUGUGAUCGAUCGUGGAAAAAUGGUGAAGAAUGCGCAGCAGGAGGGACAAAUGAACGGCGGCAAUGCUGCUGCGGCGGCGGCGGCGAGGCAGAGGCAGCAUCAGCAGCAGCAGUACAAGGGCGUGCGGAUGCGGAGCUGGGGGUCGUGGGUGUCGGAGAUCCGGGCGCCGAACCAGAAGACGCGGAUAUGGCUGGGCUCCUACUCCACCGCCGAGGCCGCCGCGCGCGCCUACGACGCCGCGCUGCUCUGCCUCAGGGGCUCCGCCGCCGACCUCAACUUCCCCGUCCACCUGCCCUUCCACGUCCCCGCCGCCGCCAUGUCGCCCAAGUCCAUCCAGCGCUUCGCGGCAGCGGCCGCCUCCAGCCCCCUGCAGCUCACCGCGCCGGUCUGGAACGCCGGCGCCGCCGACCAGCCUCGCGGCGGCUACGGCUACGGCGACGCGUCGUUCGGCUCUUCCACGGAGGAGGAGGAGGCCGGCGACAACGGCGCCGAUCACAAUGGCGACAUCAUGGCGCAGGACGAGGACGACGUGGACUACGGCGCGCUGGCGGACCUCGACGCCUUCUUCCAGUCGCCCAAGUGCAUGGACUACUGCAUGGACCCGUGCAGCACCUUCUUCGCGCCGGCGCCCACGGCCAUGGCGCCCGGCGCCGAGUGGGAGGAGGAAGGUGAGAUCAGCCUCUGGAGCUUCUCCUCCUCCUACAACUGAUCCUGCUCAGCCCGUCAGACAACUCCGACGACGAGAGCCAAGGCCAUGGACGCCAAUUCAAGCUUCCAGUGGUCAAAUUCACACUGACACAUUAAUUACUACUACUACUACCCCUACGUGAUCAAGAAGAACUGGUCUCGGUAAAAUAAUCGCGCGCCAUGAUCAAUUAUCAUCUCAUGGUCUCGCGAAAAAAUGAUGAUUAUUU